AUAAAUGUUUGAAUGCUUUUUUUAAAUCAUUGUAAGUAUUUUAAACGGCCAGGAGGCGACAGUGUAGACCGUACACCGCCAGCAAGUCGAUGACGUGUAUAGAAGCCAAUCCCACAUUUAAAAGGAUCACCAUUUGUGUCAGUUCUUUGUUAGAAUGAAACGCAGUUCGAAGACAGAUGGACAUAAUGGCACAAGAUUUGGGCUUUCUCACUUUCGUUUGUGUUCAAUGAACGAACGGGACGUGAUUUAAGGAUCUAUGCGUUGUUCUUGUUACUGGAAUUAUGUAUCUGCCGGGAAGAAAGACCUCCAUCUGGAUAUAUCUGCUUGUUGUCUUGGAGUGUAACUGUGGAGCGGUAUCCGCACAGCUGUCGUAUUCGGUAUUUGAGGAGGUAAACCUUGGGACUUCUGUUGGGAAUAUUGCCAAGGAUCUGAACCUGAAUGUGCAGGAAUUGGAGUCGCGUAUGUUUCAGAUCGUUGCUGGCUCAAAGAAAAAGUAUUUUGAUGCAAAUUUGAAAACGGGUUUUCUUUACGUCAGCGAGAGAAUAGACCGAGAGGAGCUUUGUGCUAAAGCUGCAAAAUGCACCAUAAAUGUGGAGGCUGUGAUUAAUAAUCCACUGAAACUUUAUCGUAUCGAGAUUAAUGUUAUUGACAUAAAUGAUAACCCUCCCUCUUUCAGCGCCAAAUCACAGACUAUUGAUAUAGCAGAGAGCAUAUUGCCGGGUGCUACAUUCCCUGUGCUGUCAGCCUACGAUGCCGAUGUAGCAAGAAACAGUAUCAAUACUUACAAGCUAAAUCCAAAUGAGUAUAUGUCUUUAGCUGUGCAUAGAGGAGAGAGAGUGUCAGCCGAGUUAGUGCUUCAGAAAGCGUUAGACCGAGAAAAGCAAGCUUUAAUUAAACUCACACUAACCGCUGUAGAUGGAGGAACACCUCCUAAAUCAGGCACUUCAGAGAUAAUUAUUAAUGUUUUGGAUAACAACGAUAAUAUACCGACCUUUACGAAAUCAUUGUAUAAAACAAGCAUGAAAGAAAAUGCUCCUUUUGGCACGACAGUAGUAACGGUGACUGCAAAUGACGCCGAUGAGGGGACAAACAAAGACAUUGUGUAUUUACUGAAUUCUAAGGAUCAGGACCAGGUUUUUGAUUUUUUUGAAAUUGAUUCAGAAACGGGAAUAAUAACCGUUAAAGGAAAUAUUGACUUUGAAAAAAAUGCUGCCUUUGAAAUUCGUGUGCAGGCUGCUGACAAAGGCCAGCCCCCAUUAACAGCACAGUGUAAAGUACUCGUGGAGGUGGUGGAUAUGAAUGACAAUGCGCCUGACAUCACGGUGACGUCACUGCUCAAUACCGUGAAGGAAGACGCUGAAAUUGGUACUGCAAUUGCACUUGUUUCAAUUCUGGACAGAGAUGGGGGCAAAAACGGUGAAGUCAAAUGUGAAGUAUUGAAUUCGGCCCCGUUUAAAUUAGAGACAAAUUAUAGAAAUUAUUAUUCUUUAGUAAUUGGCAGAGCUCUAGACAGGGAACUCAUUUCGCAGUACAUAUCACUAUCAAAGCUGUAGAUGAAGGUACACCCCCCAUAUCUUCUACCAGUGUGGUUAUCAUCCAUGUUUCUGAUGUAAAUGACAAUAUCCCUCAGUUUUCAGAAUCUGCAAUUAAUAUAUAUGUGAGAGAAAAUGGUCCUA